AUUAUUCAAGACAAGCUUUAAGCUUCAAUUUGAUAUGUUCACUAAGUUUCCUAAACCAACUCUCAUUGUAUUUAUCAACUUAGCUCAGCAGGAUUUAUUUCAGGAGUCGAACCCACUCUCGCGAUUGUCAAUUAUCCUAUGAUCAGGUUUGUAGUUAGGUAUUGAAGAAUACAAGCGAUAAGAACCCUAAAACCCUAAAUCUAAUAAGUAAAUUGAUCAGACAUAUUCAAGCAAGACAUAUAGAUAAACUGAAUAAAAUUCAUUAAAAGUAGAGAUAUAUAUAAGGAGUUCCAAUCAAAUCUUUGAAUGUGUCUUGUGAUCUUCUCUCCAAAAACCUCUGUUAGAAUAAUAAAAUUCUUAGUCUAAAAAAUGGCUGUAAAAACAAUAUAAAUAGGUCAAAACAUGUACAUGGUUCAUCUUGAAAUUAGUAGAAACUUCUGGGCCAAAAGUGCAAUUCUUGAAAUCUUGGGUUGGCCAUGUGACACAUCAGUUUCGACUGACAGUCCUUCGAUAUAUCGGCUUUCACUUCUGUCUUCUUUCAUAGCUACGGGUUUUCCAAUCUUUAAGCUCCAAAUGACUCUAUGAUCUCCACAAUACUCCAAACAGUACCUAGACUUGAAAUGACCUUAAAAUAGAUUAGAAACAUAAUAUAAAGACUCUGUAAAGGACUUAUACUAUGGGUUAAAAGUGGUAAAAAUCAUAGUAUAUCAAACAUACUACACAAAACACUGAUCACAAAUUCAUACAUUUCUUUACCUUUGUCAUGUCCAUAAAGCUCUUCAAAACACAUGCUUGCGAGAUCCAGCUUCUUCGUGGGAUCAAAAAAUUGUCGCCACAAUUAACAUCUUAUUGAUGUUCUUCAUCCCAUCCCAGUAUUUGUCAAACUUCACAUACAUCUCCACAGCCUUUUCCUUGAGUUCAUGAUCUUUUCUAUGGCUCAAAUCCAUAAGGUUAGCAGUUAUGGUUACAAUUCCCAUAACACUUGUAAGCACUGAGAGAGGUAGAGUCAGAUACACCUAGAGUGAAGUUGUAGAAGAUGACUAAGAACCGGUCAAAUCUUUUUAUUUCUCUACAAUGAGUAAACUGAGGAGGGCCUAUCAGGUUGAUGAUAUGUGCACUACAUCUCAAAUGCAUGAAUUCUCCAUCUAAAACUAAUGCCUCGUUAGGCAGUAAAAAAAACUGACUCUGAAAUCUUCUCAAUGCAGAUUAAUUAGGCGUUGAAUUGUCUACAUUUACAGAGAAUACCUUUCCUAUUCCCAGUCUACAUUUACAGAGAACCUUUGAAAUUGUCUCACUUUUAUGAUCAGUGACGUGUUUGAACCCAAUGAUAAAUUUCUUCAGUCGCCAACACACAUCACUGUAAUGGGAGUCACAACCAUGUAACUAGCACAUGUGAGAAAGAACAAACACAUAAGAAUCAAACCAAACACAUAAGGAACAAAAUCAUUUAAACUAAAGUCCUUAGGCGUUACUUGAGCCACCCAAAUAUCAGUAGUCAGUGAAACUGUUUGCUUAUUUUCUUUAAAGCACUUCUUCAUAACAGCCUUCCGCUGCAGAUACAGCUAAAAAUGUCUCUUGUUGAUGUCCUUCUUGAAAGAGGUUUGUAUAGUUCCAUCUACACACCUAACAUACAAAGUUAUAUACUAAAAUAAACUAAAGCAUUAAACUAUGUCUUACUUAGAUAAUAUAAGAGAAAUCUGACCUUGGUACAAAAUUGUUUCCAAGCAACACCUUCUACGAAGCACAGUGGUAACUCUCCUAUCACCAUUAUCUCAUUUGUUGCUUCUCUGAAAGUGUGUUCACUAAUCAUUGCAGCCUUCAGCUUUCCUUCUUCGCUGAUGGCAGGCUGAUAAGAGCUUUGACCCUCUGAAAGGGUCUUGAUGUGUUUGCAUACGGAAAGAUGCUUCAGAAAGUUUGUUGUUUCCAACUUUGUAGAACAACAAAACUCCUUAUUAAAAUAAUGAUAUAUACAUUUGUCACGAUUCUCCUUUGUUCUUGUGAAAUGUCCCAAGAUUUUAGACCUUGCAGGAAGAAUCCUAGGUUAUUUCUUUUCCUGGUAUGUUGCUCUACUAGAUUCAGGUGAUUCUUUACCCUUGCCUUUACUGUCUGCCGUCAGCAACUCUUGUCCUUCAUCGGCUUCUACAUCAUUGUUAACAGUAACUUGGUUUGGAGUUGAAGAUGAAUCCAUCUGAAAUAAAAGAGAGUAUUGGAUUCAUCACAUAAGACAAAGCGAUAAAACACAUUCAUAAAUCAUCUACAAAACUCUACUCAACACGUGAUUCGUUACAAAGAAAUAAGAUUCAUCUUCAAAAACCCCAAAAAGUCAAUCGCAUGCAUGAUUCAUCUAUAUAAAACUGGCCUAACCGACUCAUGACUCGUUACGUAGGAAUAAGAUUGUCAACUCGUGACUCAUAAUAGAGGAAGACAAUGUCGACUUGUGACAUGUUACUAACCUGGAAUUGAUUUCUCUAAAUCACAGAUGGUGGAGACAGAGUGAGCUCAAUAUUUAGGUUUGAAGCAUGAUAGACACUCUGCUACUCUUUGAUUUAAUAGGAGAUUAGGGAUUUCGAAACUAGGAAGAAGAUGAAUUGCUCCGUGUAAUGAUUUUGAUCUGAAACACAAAAUAUUGGAACUCGUAAAACGCAUGUUGUCUAUACACAAGAUAUGUAUAAUGUCAUAAAAUUUUGAUUUAUUUUGGGUUAUGUUUCAGUUAUCGGUUUAAACCAAACCAAACCCACGGUCCAAUAUAUUGAAAGAUGAAACCCGAUCAGGUUUUUUAAAGUAUCUGAAACCGAUAUGAUACCCUUUAUUUUGGGUCGGGUUCGAGUUCGGGUUACGACUUUGUGCCCAUGCCUAAGAGAAGAUGUAACAAGACAACAAUAAAACAAAAGAAAAAAAAAAGACAACUGUGGGAAACAGAAUAUGCUUUUUAUUUAUGGAUUAUUGAUUUAGUAUGCUAUUAUUAAUCAUAUCAUACAGCCUAAUUAGUCGGUUUGCAAUUCCUAGCCAGCAAUUAUGUGAAAAAUUGUGGAAGGUUACAUGAAAAAAAAUUUGGAUUAUUAAUUGAAGAUAAGUUAGCAUAGAUAACAAAAAAAGAAACGAAACUAAGUACCCAUAAGAAGGUAUGUGCUAGGAUAUUCUUUGUGUAUUAUGUAUUUUAGCUUGGGUUGACUAGUGCAGUUGAUAAUAGGAGAUUGUACUAUGUUUAAUAUAUGUUGUUUACAUAUCAUGCAUGUCCAACACAUUUGGUGUUCUUUCUAUACGUCACUUUGCUUAUAUUAUCAUAUGCAACAAUGUAAAAUAUAGUAUGUCGUAUCAUCGUGUGUCCAAUGUUUUUCUCCAACAACCACCAUGAAAUAAUUGAAAGGAUAUUAUGAAUAUUAUACUAUAUUUUAUCUUAUGACAUAGUAUAUUAUGUAACAAUAUCUAGUGAUUUUCUCUUUUUUUUUUGUCACUCAAUGUGUUUAUUUUCUCUUUUUAUCUGUUCUUGUUUUUCUCUUGUUUUUCUUUUAUGAUUUAAUGAUUAUUAUGUUCUAUUCACAAUAUUGCCAAUGUACGCUCCUUCUCUUCAUUCUCAUGCUCCUCUUCCUCCUCCUCUUUUUUAAUUUCCCGCCACCCGCACCCCCUUGAAGUUUGUAAGACAAUUAUGUUUAUUAAUAUGCUAUUGAUGACAAAACAAAUACUAUUUUUCAAAUACAUAUAGUAUAGUAUAGUUUUUAUGAUUCAUAUUGUGUUACUCGGCCAGACAGCACGUGCGGGUAAGGAGAAAGUGGUCCACUUUUGUGUAAAACCGUCACAUACCAGCACCACUUUAUUAUAUGGUUAUUUGAUCAAUUUUUCUCCUACUAUAUGCAUUCCGCCAAUUCACCCUUAAAUGAAAGCUUUUAGUUUAACAAAAAUUGUGAAGGUUGUCCACUUAAAAUGGAACCACAACAGAGGCUGAACUCUGAAAACAAAAACAACAUAUGACAUGGAAAAAACAUUUUAAAUAGUGUUAUAUAAAAACAUUGAGGAAGAAUAUUUUCAUAUUGAGGAAAAGUAUUAUUAGCAAGGUCCAUUUUAAGUGGAAGGUUGUCCACUUAAAAUGGAACCACAUCAGAGGCUGAACUCUGAAAACAAAAACUAACAUAUGACAUCGAAAAAUCAUUUUAAAUAGUGUUAUAUAAAAAACAUUAAGGAAAAGUAUUUUCAUAUUUAGGAAAAGUAUAUUCAUAUUGAGGAAAAGUAUUAUUAGCAAGGUUUUAUUUAAAAUCAUUUGCAUUGUAUAUUGACAAUUAAAAAGAAGACUCUUCAUGUGGAUAUGAUGAGUAAAGGUGAUUUUCUUCUUUCAUCUAAAUAAAUAGCUUGGAGUAGUGAGCAAAUCAAUUGUUAUGACCAGUUUCAGAUUCAAUUCAGAUGUGAAGAAUCAAAAAUAAACUCCCUAGCAGCAGGUUUUACUGAAGUAACUUUUGCAUAAAUCUAAAAAUUGUUGUAGUGGUGCAAUCUAGAUCAGCCUCAAUUAAAGGCUUUGAAUAUAAUGUGUGGAUCAGCCAGAUAAGGCCAAUGCACAAUCUAAUGGGCUGAAGUUGACUUAAGCAAAGUUUAGUGGGUUGAGAAAGAUCUAAUAGAUUUGAUCCAUGAAGUAUUGUACCGAGAGAAGACAAAAUCUAUGACUUCAUAAGGUGUGGAUGAUCAAGUCUUUGUCAGAAAAUGAAAGGGAUGAACAAGUUUGGAUAGAAAAUGGACUGGAUAAGUUAAAAUGACUGAGAAAUGGACUGAACAAAAGAGAUGGGCGAGAAAUGGCUUGGAAAUGGAAGAUGAAGAACCAAAGCUUGAAAUGGAUCAUCAUAAGCAUUUUCAUCAACCAAAUGAUUCGUGGAUAGGAUGCAGUUGUUCAUGGAUCAACUCAAGGGGGAAGAUGAGGGGUGUACUAGAGGCCACGAUCACUCGUUUGUGAACUGUGGUCUUCUCCUUGAAGAUGUGGAAUGGUAAAAAGAUGCAUAGCUAAUCUAUGCCAUAUAUGUGCCAUGCUUUUGCCAAAAUGAUCACGUUGGAGAUUCUUCUUCGUAUGCGAGUUCAAUGUUCUUAUGCUGAGCAGAGAAAUCAAUUGAUACGAUAUAAGCUUGAAAGUUUCAAAGACUGAUGGUUGAAUCUUAAAACUCAGCUGGUUACAAAAUAUAAAGGAUAAACAUCAUCUAUUAUGUCUAAAAAAUCCCUAAUCUUAACCUAUUUUAUUUCUGGAAAUCAAUUCCUAUCCUAAUUGUUUCAUAUGGUUUAAUAAUAUUUCUAAUUCUAUUUGAUUUAAGAUAUCCAAGUCUAUCCCUAAUUGUUUUAAAUUUAAACAAAAAAAAACUUAUUUACAAUAAAAAUAAGCCAUGUGGACGUUUUAAAUCUUCUUGGGCCAAGUCUAGACCAAGAGUCCUAGUUUUGACUAAAUGACUAGGAUUUUAUUUUACAUUUUACAUAUAAUAAUCAUACUAUUUUAUGAAAAAAACGUUGAAAAUGACAUUACAUGGCUCUUGGGUCACGUAACAACUUAUAGACAACGUCUUUCAAUUUAGAGAACAAAAUAAAAUUUGAGUGGAAAAAUAUAUAUAGUGUGCUAUUAACUGAUGGUGAACGAUUUUAAAGAGAAGCAGAACUUUAACUAAAACUUGCUCUUUGAGAGAAUAUCUACUGAACUAACCUUUUAUUAAAGACGGAAUUUUAGAAAGGAGGAACACUUGCAUGAAAUAAGUUUUACAAUUAAAGUAAUUGUUUUGUGACCAACUCUUGUACAUCACCGCUGAAGGGAAAAUUCACAAAAAGAGAAUUGUGUCCUUAAUUUAAGGAUUGGUUUGGUUUAGUUUUGGUUCAAGUUUUGUUAAAUAUUUAAAAUCUGAACUAAAACUUUUACAAGUUUAGUUAAACCGAGUUGAAUUGGAUACCUUUGAAAAUUGCUGUUUAUGGAAAUGAAGGUUUUUAAUUAUUAUAGUAAAUAUAAACAAACAAAGAGUGAUCCUGCCGGCUCUGUUUUCUAGAGCUCACUUUCCUGUAUAAAUUUCAAAUUAUGACUCCGGUCUAUUGUAUUAAGCAUGUAUCUUUUUAAUAUAAGUAUCUUUGUGCUAAAUAAAGAAGGGAAAUUGGUAUAUAUAACCAAGAAAAAAGCAUAAUUUGCACACUAACCAAUUGACCUAUUAUACCAAUAUGUCUCAUGUUUUUAAUGUAAUAAUGCCCUUUUAUCCUUGUAAGCAACUGGCUCAACCUGAAAAAUAAUAACAAUUUACAUUAUUAAUUAUUUCUUGCAAGUAAUUUAAUUUUAGAUAUCCACUCAUCUUCUGCAAGUAAUUUAAUUUUAGAGAAGAUGAAUUUUUUUCUUCUCAAAUUUGUGGGAUUGUUGAUGAAAUUGUCUUUGUUGAUAGUUACGAGAAAUAAUAGAGCUUCAUAGACUCGUGUGGUGAACGACAAGACUUGUGCAGUGGCGAUCACCUCCAUCUAUAUAAUCGGCUCCAUCAUCAUGAUCAAUUAUCUCACCGCCACCACCGUAUUUGUUUCUGCUGCAGUUGUUCUUCUUCUCCUAAUUUCUACGACCGUGUGUUCUUCCAUUCCAUCUACUGUAUCAAGUAUAAAUUUUUUCUCUCCAAUACGGUUACAUGUAUUAUAUCCACUGAUUUCGUCACACAAACUUAUAUUUUGUCACUGUAAAUGAUCUAUAUUUGAUUGGAGAAGAUGAACAGAUUUUGUUUAUUGUAUUAUCUUCUAUUUUAUGUAUAUAGAAUAGAAAUGUAAAACAAUAUGUAUUAUGUUUGUUUUAUUCAUAUUAUGUAAUGCAUUUUGUUACUAUACUAUUAUAUUAUGUUCCAUUCCAUUUGGGUUUAUGGUUUAUAUUUGGGUUUAGGUUUACUUAUUAAAGUUUAGGGUUUAUAUUUGGAUAAGGAUUUAGUGAUUAGAACUUUAGGUUUAGUAUUUAGAAGGUGACAUGUAUGGUUGGGGUUUAGGGUUUUAUUUUUUCCAUGCAAUCACAGACAAUUCAUAAACAUACUAUGUUAUUUAUUUUGUUCCCUUCUAUUUGGGUUUUGGAUUUAUAUUUGGGUUUAAUUAGGGUUUACUGAUUAUAGUUUAGGGUUUAUAUUUGGAUAAGGAUUUAGUGAUCAGAUCUUAGGGUUUAGUAUGUAGAAGGUGAAAGGGUAUGGUUGGGGUUUAGGGUUUUAACUUUUUCCAUGCAAUCAUAGACAAUUCAUAAUUUUAUCAAUAUGUACUAUGUUAUUUAUUUUGUUUCGUUCUAUUUAGGUUUUAAGUUUAUAUUUGGGUUUAUUGUUUACUUUUGGGUUUAGGGUUUACUGAUUAAAGUUUAGGGUUUAAUAUUUAUGGGUGGGGUGAGACUGAGAUAAGGUUUAGUAUCUAGGAAUUGGACUUGGGAUAUGUUUAGUAUUUAGGGGUUGUAGCUCGGGUUGUAAUCCUAUACUACUUCGGUGAUAAGGGUUUAGGGUUUAGUAUUUUUGGGUUGGGGUGGUGUGGAAUUUUGGUUUAUUUCUUAGGGGCUGGGAUGGGGUUGGUAUCCUAAACAACUUUUGUAAAAUGGAAUAGAAUAUGUUGGAUAUUCCGUAUAGACUGGUUUUAUUCAUUUUUAUACUAUACAGAUUGACUGGAAUAUUGUUUUUUCAGUUUAGUUUAUGUUGGUUUCGGGUUCAGGCCGGAUAAGCAGUACAUUUCGAUGUCAGCAUAGAAGUUUAAAAAUAUUACUAUUAAAAUUAUUCACUGUCAAAAAUGUAAACUGUAAGAACAUUUCCCUUCGUUCUUGUUAGUUUUUUUUGUAUUUUGAUAUGUGGUUCUCGUCACGACACGCAACACUCACAUACUAUCACUUUUAACUGGUUACUUGUUAAGGCAAAGGGUAAAACAGGUUAGUUUGUGUAUGAAAUAUCUGACACUAAAUAACGUCAAAAACAAAGUUACUUGCUUAAUUUAGUCUCGAUUUAUGUCUAGUACGCAAAUUAGCCCUAAGAAAAUUAGAAUGUAUAACCAAGAAAAAAACAUAAUUUGCACACUAACCAAUUGACCUAUUAUACCAAUAUGUCUCAUGUUUUUUAUGUAAUAAUACCUUUUUAUCCUUGUAAGCAACUGGCUCAACCUACAAAAUAAUAACAAUUUACAUUAUUAAUUAUUUCUUGCAAAAAAACCUCGUGUCUCUUUGAUAUCCACUCAUCUUCUCAAGUAAUUUAAUUUUGGAGAAGAUGAAUCUGUUUCUUUUCAAAUUUGUGGGAUUGUUGAUGAAAUUGUCUUUGUUGAUGGUUGCGGUGAUUAAUAGAGCUUCAUAGACUCGUGUGGUGAGCGACAAGACUUGUGCAGUGGUGAUCACCUCCAUUUAUAUAAUCGGCUCCAUCAUCACGAUCAAUUAUCUCACCGCCACCACCGUAUUCGUUUCUGCGGCAGUUGUUCUUCUUCCCCUAAUUUCUACGACCAUAUGUUUUUCCAUUCCAUCUACUGUAUGUAUCAAGUAUAAAGAAUCGGUGAGUUUGAAAAAAAAAAAAAAUAAUAAACAAUCGGUGAUGGUAGUUUGUUUGACAAAUAUUAGUGUUCAAGAAACAAAGAACCAAAGUUGUUAAAAUCAACAUGGGUUAUUUAAAAUACAGGAAUAAGAAAGUUGCAACCACCAUGUUGGUUCGUUUUCAACACCUGUCUUGUUUAUGGGUCAUUAUUACAACUGUAUCCGAUUCUUCUCUUUCAAGCAUCAUUUAUAAUACCAGAAAACUCCCCAUUACGUUUCACAUCUUCCAAAUAUAUAUAGAUAAAUAAUAUAGAUUAUGAUAUGAAAAAUAAAUUUGUUAAUAUAUGAAUUCACCACCAACUUAUGUUGUAUUGGAAGAACAGCAACCUUAGUAGCUUUCAUGUCCUCCUCAACUUCCUCAAUCAUUUACUUUCUUUUAUGCUACAUUAUACUCUUCUUUAUAGUUAUAUAACUUCUCACCGUUAUCAAAACCCUUCAUUGUUGUAUUCAUCGACCAAAAGCAAGAUCGAAAAAUGAGGACCAAAUCUCAGUCUUCUGUUAAUCUGAAGGUCAUAUUCACAUGCUGCUCAAUCUUGAUAUUUCUCAUUAUCUUCUUUGCAAGAUCAAACAUCUCUUCCUCCUCCUCAAAGCCCCUUUCCGAAACCAAUCUCUCUCAAGAAGAAGUAGAAAAUCAGCAUAAACCAAAAGGAUGUCCAACAACACAACAAUGCACAAAGAUGCCAAUCUCUUUAUCCGACGCAUUAGUUCACUACGUCACCAGUAACGUCACUCCACAACAGACAUUCGACGAAGUCUCUGUCUCAAAGAGAGUCUUGGACAAGAAGUCUCCAUGUAACUUCCUAGUCUUUGGAUUAGGUCACGAUAGCUUGAUGUGGGCAUCUCUCAACCAUGGUGGUCGUACCUUGUUUAUUGAGGAAGACAAGGCUUGGAUCGAGACUGUGACUAACAAGUUCCCAAACUUGGAAUCUUACCACGUCGUUUACGACACUAAAGUGAAAAACUCCGACAAGUUGAUGGAGUUGGGAAGAUCAGAGGAGUGUACAUCCGUCACCGAUCCAAGAAACUCGAAAUGUGAUCUAGCGUUGAAAGAUUUUCCGGCAGAUUUUUACGAGACGAAAUGGGAUCUGAUCAUGGUAGAUGCUCCAACUGGUUACCACGAGGAAGCUCCAGGCAGGAUGAGCGCUAUUUACACGGCGGGGCUUUUGGCUCGCAACCGUGAAGAUGGAGAAACUGACGUUUUUGUUCACGACGUUAACCGUCCAGUGGAAGAUGAGUUCUCGGCGACUUUCUUGUGUAAGGGAUACAUGAGGGAGCAAAAUGGGAGGCUAAGGCACUUCACCAUCCCUAGUCACAGGGCUCGAACUGGAAGACCGUUUUGUCCUGUGGAUGUUGAUCGCCGCCGUUGAUUUUAUUUUUUCCAGGAAAUAUUUGUGUUGCGGAGAUCUAUGCAGUUAACCGGACUCAGGGCCGGUAAAUUGAUUUACCUAGUGGAUCUAGAGUCACUUUACUUAGCUUUUUGUGUGUGUUUUUGCUUUAUCUUGAUGAUUACCGUUUGGUUAAGGAUUCAGUGCAUUUACUGAAACGAUGUUUGUUUAAUGUAGUUAUUCAUAUAAUUAUUUGUCAUUUUAAUGAACACAAAUAAGAAAAAAAUAUCAGAUACGGUAUAGAAAGUACUCCCUCCCCUCUCUUCUUAAAUAUCAGAUGUUUAGCUAAAACACACACAUAUAUUAACAAUUUUUUGUCUAAAAAAUAUUAUUAAAACUAUAAAUUAAUGAUAUUCAACCAAUUACAAAAUAAAUUAUUAAAUAUGAUUGAUUACAUAGUUUUUAAUAAAGUAAAAGUCACAUAAAAAAAUAAAGACAUCUUAUAAUUAUAUAUUAGAACAUUAAAAUUCUUUGAAACAACUACAUUUAAGAACAAAGGAAGUAAAUUGUAUUUUUGCUGAUUUUGUUUUUUUUUUUAAAGAAGAAUUGAUUUUUAAUACAAUAUAAAGCAUACAUAAAAAACUGUUCAAAAAAGCGUCUCAAAAGAGUUUGGUUUGAAUGCUUGGAAGCUAAAGGAGCCUCAGAAGAUAUGUCAUCUUAUAUGGCAAUUGAUAACAUGUCAUGUAGCAUUAACUAAAGAUUUGAUAACACAUAAUAUGAGAUGCGAUAGUUAUUGCCCACGAUGUAGAGAACCGUAAGAAUCUGUUACUCAUGCCAUCUUCGAAUGUCCGUCAGCUUUACAAGCUUGGUCCCUAUUAGCACACCAACAAGCCCAAAUAUCUUUCCGGUGUCGAGUAUUUAUGCUAAUAUGAACUAUCUAUUCUGGAGAAAGAACUACAUUGUUGAGUUAGAAUUAGACAUGGAUCCUUAUCCUUGGAUAAUCUGGUAUAUUUGGAAGGCCCGAAAUGACAAGCUUUUUAGGUGGAUAGAUAGAGAUCCAUUGGAGCUAGUUCGUUAUGCAGAGAGUGAGUGUCAAGCUUGGUUCAAUGCAAACGAGAUGGUGCCAUCUACCCCACAAGAUCACAGUACUGAUGAACCCCAAGUUUUAAGCUUGGGUAACAUCUGCAUGAUAGAUGAGUCAUCGACAUCCACGUCAUGGUUUAGCGGGUGUGGAUGGGUUUGGAUUGAUAUAUUGGGGAAGGUCCUAUUUAUGGGGACACAGAAUUCUACACGGCGAGAGUCUGCCUUGCAUUCAGAAGUGGAAGCCCUACGAUGGGCGAUGAGGAGUAUGCUUCAACAUUUGACAUGUCAGAGCUUUAGGACGGAUUGCAAAGAUUUGAUCGCUAUGAUUAGGGAGUUCAAUGCUUGGCCAAGCUUUGCAACAGAGUUGAAGAGGAUAGGGACUUUGCAAAUAUGAUUUAUGGACUUCAAAAUUAUUCAUAUUCCAAGAGCGUAAAAUCAAAUUUCGGAUUUUUUAGCUAGGAUUGCGAGGUCUUUCUAUAAAGAUCUAUGUUUGAUUGGUUGUUCUAUUCCGGUCUAGUUACCCAGACCACCUCAACUUGAGUAAUAGAAUAAUCUUUUGAUAUGAAAAAAAAAAAAAAGAGUUUGGUUUAGCGAAGUAAACAAAGAAAAUGAUAAAAGAGCAAAAUACUGGCUGAAAAACUGACCUGGGACUAGUUUCGCCACAACCGCCAUAUCAAGUCAUCAAUUAAAUCAUACAUCCACCAAACCCAUCUAAGUGUACCUAUAGGCCAUAAGACAAGCUUACUUUUUUUCAGUGGUCUUUAUGUUCACUUUGUGUAAGAAUAUAGGUAUUUAUGAGGAUCGUUAAGAUAUAUCGAACUGAUUGGCAACCAAAAGGUAUAUUUUAAAGAAAAAUUUUCUAGCAUAUCUUUUAUAAGUUUUUGUCACAAGAAAAUAGUUCUUAAUGAGGAAAAUGACCAAAAUAAGUUUUAUUGAAGUGUAAAAAUACAUUUAUACCAUAGGGUUAAUUAAUCUAGACUUAGGGUUUAGAGUUAAGGGAUAGAGUUUUGAGGAUGGGGUUUCAAAUUAAAAAAAAAAAAAAAAAUUCAAAAUAAAAAAGGGCUAUUUUGAUCAUUUUUCUUAUUGAAUGAUGUUUUAACUCAAAAAUACUUUUUGAGAGAAUUGUCAUAUUUUAAAUAUCUACUGCAUUUAAGUUACCUUAUUAAAUAAAGUAUAAUACGUUUUAGAUUGCAUUUUGCGCAUAAUGAACAUUAUGUAUACAAAUUAUUUUACGUAGUAUUAUUUAUUUUAGUGUUUUACAUAUUAUGAAUAAUAAAAAAUAAAAAUUCUAAAUAAUUGAAAAUUAAUAACUAUUAUGUAUAUAAUUAAGUUGACGUGAGCAGAUAAUUCAAAACAACCACAUCUUGUUUAUUUACAAUCAGUUUAUAGUAAAUAAAUCCAAACAAUCACUUUUAACUAUUUUAUAUGGUAUAUAGUUAAGUUUAAAUGAUAUUAACAUAUAUAUAUAGUAUAUUUUAAUAUGGUUAUCUAUUAAAUAAGAUUUUUUACUCAUAUGAUUUAUGACAAUUUAUAUCUUUUUUUUCUCUAGUAGUUGUAACUUAGCCUCAUUUUUCUUGUUCACCAAUUGAUCUAAUUCUUGAUAAAUAUAAAUUAGUAUAUGCACAUCUCAAGACAUGCUCAAAUACACUUAAAGAUAUAGAACUCUUCAAAGCAAGCUCCGGUUUAGCAUUCUUCUGCGUCCACUCCUUGCUUCCGCGGUUGUAACAUCUAAUAAGUCCUCACUCAUCGAGUAUGACUUCAUAGUUAGAUUGGUUUAAGAUUUUACAUUCCCAUUCCAACAAAACGGCCUACUAAUUCAAUACUUAUAAUACACUCGAGCUCUCUUUCAACCAUGAUCUUGAUAAUGACGUCAUAGAAUGCCUUUGAUACCAUGUAAAGAAUUCUAGAUUAAAAAAAACUAACACAAGACUGUAAAACCCAAGAAUCCUGAAAGGAAUAAAAAUCUUUUAAAUAUGAAUACGAAUAUGGAAUAACAUCAAGAGAAAACUUGACAAUAUUAUAGAAAAGCAAGAAAAGUUAGGAAGAAAACUUUUUUGAAAAAACUUCUUGUGCAUAUUACAAAUGAUGAGGUGAAAAAGUAUUUAGACCAUGUACAAUGAGGUAGUUGAAAAUGUUAUUCUACGAUUGAAAGCUUGCAAUGAUGGUGUAGAAAAAAAAAAUAUAAAUUGUUAUUCAAUGUUAUUCAACUAGUUGAAAAAUAUAGAAGUAUGGUCCACAUGGAAGACUUAAACCAAUCAAAGUUAAUAUGUGUCUUCCACGCUCUUGAAAAAAGAGUCAAUGUUGGAAAUUCUACCGGUUUAAAACAAAUAAAAAAUAACAAUAUAACUAUUAAAUCCUAAUUGGUUGUUUAAAUAAUAUAGAUUUGUAUUCACUCUUAUUGUUUCAAGUGAAUUAUUUUAUAUGAAAUAUUUUUUUUUAAAAAAAAAUUAUAUCAAAAUUCUUCAUUUUUAUGCUUCAUAAAUAGAUAUUGAUUCAUUUAAUUUGGAUACAUAAUUUUUAUUAUAAUAUUUCUAUUAUUUACUAAUAAAUUAUUAUUUAUAUAAAUGAAUUUUUUAUUAAAAUCAAAUUUAUCAUUAAAAUUUAUAAAUCGAAAAUUGAAAAUAUUUUUAUCAGUAAAAUGGUAGAAUGUUAAAUUUUUAAAGAAAAUCAUUGUAUAACAUAAAAGUUAAAUAAGUGUUAAUAAUAAGUGGAAUAAAGACAAUAUAAUAGGAUGAUGUGGAUUGUAAAAAUGUAAAAAGGUGGCUGCUGAAUAAUAGUUAUAUAACCUCAAACAUCUUACAAAAUAUCUAAAUUAUUCAACCAAAACCUCCUUCUUAAAUAUAUUUCGAGUUUUUUACUACAAUAUCUAGAUGUUUGUAUAGUAAAAUAUUACAUACUUGUCCAAUAAAAUCCUCUUCAACACUUGAGGAGAUGAUGAUGUUUCUAGAAAAAAUGGGGUUAACUUGAUUAUAUCCAAUAAUAUAUUAUUUGAUUAUGAACCCAUAAUUAAGAAUAAGCCAAAAUCAGGUUUAGCUUUAAUAAAAGAUACGAUUAGAAUAGCUGUGAGACCAUGUCACAAAUCGCUUUAUAACUUAUCAUUUUGUUUUCUAGAGAUUUAGCAAGUGUAAAUCGAGAUGAGUAGAUCAAUGUUUAUUUAAAUUGAAAGUUGAAAGUUGGUAGUAAUUAACUUCAAUGUUUAUUUGAAUUUACAUAAUAAUGGUAGAUCAUAGUCUUCUAAUGUUGCAGAUGUUGUGCUUCUUGCUCCAACUAUGUUUUUUUUUUUUUUUUUUUUUUGACAGCAAAGAAUUUACAAACUCAUAUUGACUCCGUAAACCAAAUAGGUAACUCCACAUCCAUGUGAACAACGAAAGACGACUGUUUCCUAGCACUGCGUGCUAAGCUAUCCGCCCGUAGGUUCUCCGUCCGUGGUACAUGAAUGAUGUCUGAGUUGAGAAAACUAGUUUUUAAAAGCUUAAUGUCUUCCAGAUAACUUCUAAAUACUGGUCAUUCGUCUGGUUCCGAAACUAUCUUCACCAAUUGAGAACAAUCCGUUGCAAACGUCACCUGAACUUGUCUUAAAUUUUUCAUACAUUCCAUUGCCCAAAUUAAGGCCUCCACCUCCGAAUGAAGAGGUGAGAGACAUGCCCUUACAUUCCUUGCCCCUAAUAAACCAUCGAAACCCGGUAAGGUACUAUACCAGCCUUGCCCUGAAAAUAAAUCCUUAUCUUUCUAUGAUCCAUCUAUGAAGCACCAUCGUCCUGACGUCACUGACGUGGAAGUGGUCUGUGCCUGCUUUCCCCUCGUUGGAUCCUUUACUACCUGUGCCUCAGUCCAGAGUGAUGACUCUAAUUCUGCUAAUUUAAGUGUUUCAAGUGGAUUAAUAUCCAGAUUGCUAAAAACUUUACUAUUCUGGUCUUUCCAUAUAUACCAUAAUAUUCAUGCAAUUGGUGGCCAUCCAUCUUUGAGUUAACUCUCCAAAAAAGAUGAUCCAUAUUAGUAAACAAAGAACCGAUAGGAAAAAUAUUGGGAUGCGAUGGGAUUUUAGAUAAUGCCCAAACUUGACGUGCUGGAGGACAUUCAAAAAACACAUGGUUUGUUGAUUCCUCCGGGUCGCCACAUCGGGCACAACAUAUAUCCCCUUGUAUCCCUCUUGAUUUGAAAUUUUUCAGUACCGAUAUACAUCCUGAAAGGAGUUGCCAUAAGAAAUGUUUUAUUUUCGGGGGGCACCGCACUUUCCAGCAGAACGCUUUUAAUGCAUCCACCGUGGGACCAUAAAAUUCUGGUGGUUUUUCUUUAUCAGGAUAUACCCUUUCCACUUGAUAACCUGAUUGGACCGAAUAUUUCCCAUUGUUGGUAAAAUGCCAUCCAUUUCUGUCCUCUAUCGGAUUCCGACUUAGUGGAAUACUUUCGAUGUUGGAAAGCUUUCGAUCUUUUUCUGGGUUUUGAUGAUUUUACUAUUUAUAUAUCUUCGUACUAGCUGUUUUCCUGCACCAUGUGCAGUAAGAAAUUUUUUAAAUCUAACUUAUAUUUAAAAUAAAUUCUAUUAAAUAUUAUAGAUUUUACUAUUUUUUUACUAAUAUUUAAUAUAGAUUUGAUAUAUAUUAAAUCAAUUUGUAUAAAACUAAUAAAAUGAUAUAAAAUUGUAUAAUUAUUAAAACUUUAACCUAAACAAUAUUUAUAAAAUUUGUAUAUAUACAAGAAACUAAUGAUCUUACGAUUAGAUAUUUAAAUUUUUUUUAAAUGUAGAAAUUUUUGAAAGCUUUAGUAAUACAAAUUGUAUAAUUAUACAAAAAUAAUAAUAUUUCGAAAUUUGAAAUGUUAUAUAUGAAUAUAUUUAUUUUAUAGAUGAUGUAUGAGCUAUUAACAUAUUUAAAAAAAGUUUACCAAAAAGAAAUACAAUAUUAAAUAUAAUAUAUGAAUAAUUAUCAUAUUCUAAUAAGUUUGCCAAAAAUAUAAAUCAACAUUAAAUGAAAUUAUCCAUAUCAUAUUUUUCUGGAAGACAUGUCAUCAAUUUCAUUAGCAAUGUCAUAUUUAUUUUGUGAAAUUGAUUAUAUAGAAGACAUGUGACAAAAUCACUUCGCAAAUAUAGUCUAAGAGAUUGUUUAAAUAAUUUAUAAAUUUUUCUAGUAAAAGAUUGUACAAGUUAUAACGACUAUAUACAUAGAUUUCCCCCUUUAAGAAAUAACUAAAUGGUUAACUGUUAGUACUUUCCCAAUUGUCACAUCCCCCUUUAAGAAAUAACUAAAUGGUUAACUGUUAGUACUUUCCCAAUUGUCACAAGUGACACAAACAACUGGAAAGUGACACAUUAGACUCUGAGACCUCACGGGAUUGCAUGAGAUGCUUGUGAACAUAGCCGCAGCUGAAAAGAAGUAUGUUACGAGAGUGAGAGAAGAACUAAAAAAACAACUGUCACAACUCGUUCAGCACAUGAAACCAAUUAUGACAUGGCGAACCAUACCAACUAACCACCCAUAUCCUCAGUAUUUAACUGUGAACUCCACUCAAACCUUUUUCAAACUCAUUCUUCUUGAAACCUGUCAACAAUUUAACUUAAUGGCAAUUCAACGUUUUGUAUUAUUAGCUACUUUGGGUCUGGUGGUGUUUGGUCUAGAAACGGCCGUGUCACAGCGACAACAACAAUCACAAGUCACAUGUUUAUACAUCUUUGGUGACUCCUUGGUCGAUAACGGAAACAAUAAUAGGCUGCUUUCUCUUGCGAGGGCUAAUUACCGGCCUUAUGGCAUCGACUUUCCCCAAGGUGCAACCGGAAGAUUCACCAAUGGUCGCACUUACGUUGAUGCUCUUGCUCAAAUUCUUGGAUUUCGGACUUACAUUCCACCAUACUCCAGGAUUCGUGGCCAGGCUUUGCUAAGAGGUGCGAAUUUUGCAUCUGGUGCGGCCGGCAUUAGAGAUGAGACCGGAGACAACUUGGGUGCGCAUACUUCUAUGAACCAGCAGGUCAAUUCUUACACGAGCGCGGUUCAACAAAUGCUUCAAUACUUCAGAGGAGACACAAAUGAG